AUGGCAAAUAUAACCCACACUUAUAACUACGGAGGAGUAGAUUGGAUCUGCGAGCGAUGGGUCGGUGCAAGCUCCAUGGGAAUUGGUCGCGGAGAGAACCCCAUCAACUUUGCUCUUCCCCUUCUUCUCCUUCAGAUUUCUGUCGUCUCCUUAUUUUCCGCCUUUUUUCAGUUUCUUCUUCGGCCUUUCGGAAAAUUUGCAUUCCUCACUCAGAUCGUGGCUGGGAUCUGCCUAGGACCGUCAGUGAUAGGACGUAACAAGCAGUACAUGUCGACAUUUUUCUACACGAGAAGCGUCUUCAUAAUCGAAUCCUACGAAGCCAUUUGUUUCCUUUUCAUUUGCUACAUCACAACAUGCCAAGUAGACACGAGGAUGAUCAAGAGAGUAGGCAAAUUAGCAUUCAUCAACGGCAUCCUGCUUUUCCUCAUACCUUUCGUGUGGGGCCAAUUCGCUGCCAUCUUGAUCUCCAGGAAGCUCGGAGGUGGGCCCGUAGGGGUCCCUCCUGCGGAGUUCCACCACGUGGCGAUCGUGGAGUCGACCAUGUUCUUUCAGGUGGGAUACGGAGUGUUGUCGAGCCUAAAGAUGUUGAACACAGAGCCAGGGAGGUUAGCGCUCGCCUCCAUGAUGGUGCAUGACUGCCUCUCGUGGAGCUUCUUCAUGCUUAACAUCGCCAUCAAAAUUAACGUGACCUUACCGGACAAAAACCGGGCCAUUUUAUUGUCGGCCUCACAGAUGCUAAUGAUAGUGUCAAUAGUAUACGUGUUCCGACCAAUGAUGCAGUGGAUGAUGAAGAGAACACCCGAAGGACACUCUCUCAAGGCCUCGUAUCUCUCUGUUGUGUGUGUUUUGCUCUUCAUCUGCGCUCUCUGGGCUGAAUUUGUGGGCUUACCAUACUUCUUUGGCGCCGUCGUCUUGGGUCUAGCCACCCCAAAACGGCCCCCUCUAGGCACAGGACUCUCGGACAAGAUGGGUUGUUUUGUGUGGUCCGUCCUCAUGCCUUGCUACAUCAUCGGGAUCGGCUACAAUAUAAAUCUCUCACUGUUUUCCUCCCUUGGAUUGAGACCGUUUCACUCAUGUUUGUCCUCAUAG